GUCGCCAGCUCCUGCAUCCCCGGCCCUGCCACUCGGAGCGGCAGCAUCAUCAUCAUCAUCCUCCGCACAUCCCCACCCCCUCCUCCCCGCGCCGGGUCCCGCACCCCCUCCCCCCGGCGCCGGGGCCACCAUGGCCGAGAUCACCAGUGUGCACCCCGGCUUCGAUGUGUCCCCCGUGGUGGCCGGGCUCAUCGGCGCCACCGUCCUGGUGGUCUCCGUCUCGCUCACGGUGUUCGUGUGGACGUGCUGUCACCAGCAGGCCGAGAAGAAGCACAAAAACCCGCCCUACAAGUUCAUCCACAUGCUGAAGGGCAUCAGCAUCUACCCCGAGACGCUGAGCAACAAGAAGAAAAUCAACCGGCUGCGCAGAGACAAGAGCGGGAGCCCGAGGGAGCCCGCGGGGGGAAACCUCGCGGCGGGAGCGGCCGAGUCGGGGCUGCUCGGCCCCGAAAAGGCUCCGGCUGGGCCUGACGCGGCCCCUCGAGUGGAGCAGCUCCCCAUCCGGGUGGACUACGGCGACGAGCUGAGCCCCGACCGCAGCCUCACCCCGGCGGGCAGCAAAACCUCGUCGCCCUCGUCCCCCGGCGGCGACGACGACGACGUGAGGCUGGGCGAGCUGAGCUUCUCGGUGGACUACAACUUCCCCAAAAAGGCCCUGGUGGUCACCAUCCAGGAGGCCCGCGGGCUGCCCGUGAUGGACGAGCACACGCAGAGCUCCGACCCCUACAUCAAGAUGACCAUCCUGCCCGACAAGCGGCACCGCGUCAAGACCCGCGUGCUGCGCAAGACGCUGGAGCCGGUGUUCGACGAGACCUUCACCUUCUACGGCAUCCCCUACAGCCAGCUGCAGGACCUGGUGCUGCACUUCCUCGUGCUCAGCUUCGACCGCUUCUCCCGCGACGACGUGAUCGGAGAGGUGGUGGUGCCCCUGGCCGGCGUGGACCCCAGCACGGGCAAGGUGCAGCUCUGCAGGGACAUCCUCAAGAGGAACAUCCAGUGCCUGAGCCGGGGGGAGCUGCAGGUCUCGCUGUCCUACCAGCCCGUGGCGCAGAGGAUGACCGUGGUGGUGCUGAAGGCCCGGCACUUGCCAAAGAUGGACAUCACCGGCCUCUCAGGUAGAAGCUAUUUUCUCCAGCUUGGAAUUUAUCUGGGGUUUGUUUGGUUUUUUUUUGGGAAUUCUCCCCCGCCUCGUCCACUUUUCCACUCUUCCCAAGUCGAGCUGCAGCUCCUCUCGUGAGCCGCGGGGUCGUUGUGGGAUUGUCGCGUUUGCCCGAACUCCUCGCGGGGUGAGGGACCCAAAUCCUCUCUCCCUGCUGGGAGCACAAACAGUGGGGACAUCCUUUGGGGUUUUCCAAAGGGGGAAGCAUCUCCCUAAGGUGGAUCUGUGGGAUGAGGGCUUGGGAUCCAUCGGGGUGAGGGGCAACGAGGCCGAGCACCCUUUGGGGUCACAACAACCUCGAGCGCCCUUUGGGGUCACAACGACCCCGAGCGCCCUUUGGGGUCAAAACGACCCCGAGUUUCCUUUGGGGUCCCAAUGACCUCAAAACCCCUUUGGGGUCACGACAUCCCCGGGUUUUGGGGCAGGAAAAGGGCUGGAAAAGCGGGAAAGGGCCCGGAGGGGAUGGUUGGCAGUGGUCUGGACACCAUCCCAGGUGGGGAAGGAAGGGCGAUGACACCAGGCCUGGAGCAGAUUUUGGG